AUGUCAAUUGAUCAAAAUUUGCACUCAUCUUCUUCAUCAUCAAGUGAAUAUUCAUCACUUUUUCACGAUGUUGCAAAAACAUGCUAUGUUACACAAGAAAACCAAACAUUAACACAAUUCCCAAAUAUAGAAGGCGAGGACGAUGUGAUAAGACAAGCAUAUCUUGCUGUCAUAUCAUCGUCCUCGCCUUCUUCAUCAUCUUGUGGACAAAUUCAAGAGAAUUUGACACGAGAUCAUCGAUUAGUAACACAAAAUACAACUGCAUUUACAAGGUUUAGGUCAACCAAUUAUGCAUCAAUAGGUGCAACAAGUUCAUGUAGACAAAACAUGUUGAAAAGGUCCAUUACAUUUUUCAAGAACUUGUAUACGAUGAAUAGGCAAGAAGGUAUUCAAGUGAAUCGCACGAUGAGUACACAAGUUCAUCACAUGAUCUCAGAGAGAAGAAGGCGCGAAAAGAUUAACGAGAACUUUCAACAUCUAAGAUCUUUGCUCCCUCCUGAAAUUAAGAAGGACAAAGCAUCAGUUCUUGCUAGUACAACAGAGUACUUAAGUUCAUUGAAAGAUCAAGUGGAGAAACUACGUAAAAGGAAUGAAAUUUUAGAAGCAACACUUUUGAGUAAGAAAGAAGUUUCUCAAUUUCAACAAAAUGGAAGUGGAAGAGUAGAUGUUUACAUAACAAAUAUAGAAGAAAGAAUUGUGGAUUUGCAAGUUAUAGCCAAGGGAAAAUGCAACACAUUGGAUUUGGUUAUUUGUUUAAUGGAAUUCUUGAAAAUGGCUAGUUAUGUAAACUUAAUGGCUAUUGAUGCAAAGACAACAAUGGUUCAAUCAUGUCCACUUACUCAAAUAACCUUAAGACUGAGAAUCCAGGGAGAUGAAUGGGAUGGGUCUACUUUCCUGGAAGCAACAAAAAAGGUUGUUGGGGACAUGACAUAA